GGAACAAAUAUAAGGAAGAGACGGGAGGGUCAGUGGUACAGGACAGAGUUUUACUCAAGUCUACUCCUGCUCUGUUUGGUUUAGGCUGAAGUGUAUGAAAAGUACUGGGUGCUGCUUUUCAGUUGAUUGCCAUGACUCCUGCACUCCUUUUGUGGAUUUCUUGGAUGUAUUUACUCCUAGAUGGCAGUCUUGGAUUUCAAAUUGCAAAAGAUGGAAGCUUUCGAACCUCAAUAUCAGAUCAAAAUUUUGAAGAUGAUGACCAUGAUUUAGAGUUUGAGGGUGGAGAGUCCUCGGCAAACCAGCAAAGUAGUUAUAUCUACACAGGCUUGUACACGCCUCCAGGAGCACCAGCACCUAGCUUCAAUGUUGACUUUGACCAAAAUGUGCCCAGCUCAAUCUGGCAACCAUCAGUCCAGUACCCACCUGUUAAUGCUGAAUCUCCAAGUUCUGCACCCUCUGGUGCUGCAGUGGAAUCUGUCCAGGGUAAAGAAGUGGGGCAACCAACAAUCCAGUACCCACCUGUGAAUGCUGAAUCUCCAAGUUCUGCACCCUCUGGUACUGCAGUGUGGUAUGUCCAGGAUAAUCGAGUGAGGCGACCAACAAUCCAGUACCCACCUGUAAAUGUGCAAUCUCCAAGUUCUGCAGUGUCACUUGGUCAGGGAAAUGAAAUUUGGCAACCAACAAUCCAGUACCCACCUGUCCAGGAUAAUCAAGUGAGGCAACCAACAAUCCAGUACCCACCUGUGAAUGCUAGACCUCAAAGUCCUCCAGUGGCAUUUGUCCAGGGAAAUGAAUUUGACCGUUCAUCUAGAUAUGCCUCUCCACAAAAUGGGCCCUCCCCUCAACGUCCAGUGACGCGUCAACGUUCUAAAGGAUGGCUGGACUUUGUUUUUUCCAAUUCUUUCGAAGAUGAGGACUUCGACAACAUGGACUUUCAGCCAGACAACUCUGUAAUGGACAUGGAGACUGAGACGAUCUGGGUCCCUGCGAUUGCUGAAGAACCACUCCCUCUUCCCCAAAAACCCAAAACUUAUAUUGUUCACUCUAAAAAUGGCUACAAACGUGGAAGGGUUGUCCACACCAAAACCUUCUACUCUAAUGAUUACAAAAAGCCAAAAAUUAUUGAGAAGGUCAAGAGCUCCAAGCAGAAAUUUUAAGACUAUGCCAGGGUAUGUCCACAUGGUACCUAAAAUUCUAGUGGUUGUAGGAAAAUCCCCUAAUGGUUCUGUGUGCUAGUUGUGAAAUGCUUCUGUCCAUAAAGUUGUACUAUCUGCAGAAUGUUCUGCCUUGAGGGGGGGAUGCCCUUUUGUAAGAAAUAAACUUGUUUUAUAAAGUUGA